ACCAACCAGCUGGAUGACUCGGUUCUCGGCAUUGACAAUGAUAGCUCACAGGACUCAUCGCAGGACCGCUACAAGUGCAAGACGUGUGGCGAAUCGUUUAGGUAUUUCAAUUUCCUCGCGAAGCACCGCACAUUGCAUACGACUGAAACGCCCUUCGAAUGCAAAACGUCCAGUGAGGAACUCCGGGAAUCGGAGCAGCUUAUCCUGCAUAAACAUACGCACACUGGAGAUGGGCCUUGCAACUACGCUGUGAGCGACAAAUCAUUCAAACAAAUAGUACAUCUGGUCACUCCUCAGUGCACUGACGAUGAAAAAAAUGUUACAAUUUGAGAAAAAGACAGAAAUUAUUCAGUAUAGUUGAGAAACUUGCAGUUCAUGGAAGUGUGCAUGCUGAGGAGAAACGUUACAAUUGCAAAGCUUGCGGUAAGUCGUUCGGUCGAGCACGCCUUCUCGUCAUUCACCAACGCUCACAUACAGACAGACCUUGCAACUACGCAGUGUGCGACAAAUCCUUCGAACAAGUAGCACAACUGGUCACUCCUCAGUGCACUGAUGAUGGAAAAAAACGCUACAAUUUAAGAAAAAGAGAGAAAUCAUUCGGUAUGAUGGAGAAAGUUGCAGUUCAUCAAAGUGCGCAUGCUGAAGAGAAACGUUACAAUUGCAGAGCAUGCGGUGAGUCGUUCGGUCAAUCACGUCUUCUCGUCAUUCAUCGACGCAUGCAUACAGGCGUUAAGCCUUACAAGUGCGAAACAUGUCAACAGUCUUUCGCGAGGUCGGACCAGCUUUCCCGCCAUCGACUCACGCAUACUGGAGAGAAACCUUACGACUGUAAAACAUGCGGAAAGUCCUUUGUGAGGUCGGACAAGCUUUUUCUUCAUCAACGCACACAUACGGGACUUAAGCCUUACAAGUGCGAAACAUGUCAACAGUCUUUCGCGAGGUCGGACAAGCUUUCCCGUCAUCGACUCACGCAUACCGCAGAGAAACGUUAUAACUGUAAAACAUGCGGAAAGUCUUUUGUGAGGUCGGACAAGCUUUUUCUUCAUCAACGCACACAUACGGGACUUAAGCCUUACAAGUGCGAAACAUGUCAACAGUCUUUCGCGAGGUCGGACAAGCUUUCCCGUCAUCGACUCACGCAUACCGGAGAGAAACGUUAUAACUGUAAAACAUGCGGAAAGUCUUUUGUGAGGUCGGACAAGCUUUUUCUUCAUCAACGCACACAUACGGGACUUAAGCCUUACAAGUGCAAAACAUGUCAACAGUGCUUCGCCACAUCGGACAAGCUUUCCCGCCAUCGACUCAUGCAUACCGGAAAGAAACCUCACGUCUGUAAAAUCUGCGAAAAGUCCUUCGCGAGGUCGGACAAGCUAUUCCUUCAUCAACGCAUGCACAUGGAUGAGAACCUGCACACGUGCACAACAUGCGGCAAGUCUUUUGCACAGAGAGCAUCUCUUGUUAGACACAAAUGCACACACACGGGAAAGACACCUCACAUUUUAAAACAUGCGGCUAGUCAUUCCUUAAACUGAGCAAGCUUGCCGUUCACCGACUCGAUCAUAUGCCCGAGAAGCCUUACAACAGCAGAACACGUGGCAAAUCAUUUGCACGGGUCGCACACCUUGUCAAACACCGACGCCUGCGUACACAAUAGAAAUGUCAAAAUGUGGGGAUAUGAUUCGCUAUGUCUGACCACCCUUGUCUGUUGUCAAUGCACUCAGGUUAAAAAUCCUACACCAGCCACAAAGUACUCAGUCAUUCAAAACGAAGCAAAGUUCUUGUGAGUACCUCAACCUGAAUUUGAGUGUCAGACCUUCCAUUUUGCAUUUGACUGCUUCCCUAUAAGAAAUAUAAGCUGCCACCACCAAAGUAUGUUGGGGGCUCAUCUUUUUGGUGUGCACAGUGUGAUGUUCUUUCUUCUAGAUAAAGGAUGUGCAUCACGUAUGCGAACUCUGUAGAGGGCAAUAGGGGAUUUUGGUGAAAAUUGCGUUGUGAUGACCACGACUCGCCUUGUGACGCGUAUGAUUCAGUGACCCUAGCAGUGUAAAUGGUUAUGUAGAUAGUCAUCCGCAGCAUUUAUGCAUCAAGGUAUGAAAAUGCAACCAUGAUGAAGAAACAAUACUACCAUUCUAUCACAAAUAUGUGAAACUCCCAAGGUACUAAUUUCACCCAGAAGUUUUUUUCAACAUGGAGAACGACUGUGGAAAUGUGGUUUACGUGAGGGCAGUUGUAGUAGGCUUAUUGCCGGGCAAGUUGCAAUGCACAGCAAUUUCGUAGUUGUGUAGCUCGAAUAUGCAGAUUAUACUUGAAAACAUUGUUCCUUUAUGUGCACAAUCUUUCUGUGCAGAUCUUUUCAUUGUGUGGGCCUAAGACCGUUUCACAGUGGAGUUUUUAUGCUACUGUGAUAAUAAGUAUAAGCAACAGCUGUUGCCAAGUGAAAUAGUACAUUUAUUUCUUAUUCUCACUUUUUCAUUUUUGUUCAUGCUGCAGUUUCAUUUUUGAUUGACAAAUGCACUUGUCCGUGCAAGAAAAAUGCCACUAAGAACGUAGAGGCAUUUAGUUGACAGCUAUAUUUGUGUGAAAAAUUGGUGUAUAAUAAAGGAAAUUCUCAUACA